AGAAAACAGCAUCAACAGGCAACACAUCGGUGGUAUACUCUAACACAGAACAUCCCAAUAUUGAUGAAACCACAAAGGCGUAUAUUGACAAUGCAUGUAAAACGUUAUCUAGCGCCAUUAUUAGUACUAUUAAGACAUAUAUUGACCAAUCAAUAGCAAUACAAAUAGAGCUAAUAAACAAGCUGAAUGAACGACUAGACUUCUUCAACCAACAGCAGAAACCAGACCCCAAGGCAGCUCAACACAGCAAAACA